CUUUCGCCUCUUUAUAAGCUCCAUUAGGCCUCCCCAUUCCCUGCAUUCUCAUUUGUCUGCAUCGCAUUCCACUUUAAAUUCCUUACAUUCUGCUAAAGAUUCUCAUCGCUUAAAGUUUUUAAAGUUUUCAAUCGUUCCAUGGCAGCGAAGAAAAUAGUGCUAAAAUUGGCCAUAGAGGAUGAAAGCAGCAAGAAAAAGGCUCUUAAGAGGGUUGCAGGUGUCCAAGGGGUGGAUUCAGUGACGGUGGACAUGAAGGAAAACAAGAUCACUGUGAUAGGGGAUGUGGAUCCCGUCUGUUUGGCCUCGAAACUCAGGAAAUUUGGCUUCACAGAUUUGCUGAGCGUGGGUCCUGCGAAAGAGGAGAAAAAGGAGGAGAAGAAACCUCAAGGUGAAGCAAAGAAGGAGAACAAAGCAGAACCUCCAAAAGUUGAAGUUGUAUAUGUGCCCUUGAGCUACGAUUACAGACCGUAUGAAUACACUGUUGUGAGAGAGGAAUAUUCUAAUACUUGCGUUAUCUGUUGAGUGUGCUAAUAAACAGCCAUCGUUUGUAAACUAAAGCGAUUUUAUUAGAGUGCAGGCCUCUGCUCCAGAGCAGGGCAGGACAGGGCAUGAAAUAGGGUUUUUAAGAUUUCGGGCAACCUGGAUUUGUACCGAAAUGCGAAUGAGCUUUUUUAUUUUCCUUUCA